AUGUAUGGAAAAGAAAAUAAUGAUUUUGGUUUACACACAAACCAAUAUAUUUCCAUUGUUCUUUGUUUUCCAGGGAUCCCCAGGUCUGAUCUUCUGCACACAAAGUCUGUACGGGGGCACAAGGACUGUUUUGAGAAAUAUCAUAAAAUUGCAAACCAGGACUGUUCCCGCUCCAAACUCACCAAAAGUCCUUAUGAGGAGGUCAAGACCAUCCUGAGCAAAAAGAUCAGCUGGAUUGUCCAGUACGCACAGAAUAAAGAUUUGUAUGCGGAUACAGAGUGUUCCAAACCGACCCAACAAAAGCUUUAUAAGUUCAGGCAGCUGAAUGACCGGUCCCUCCUUCCCCAGCACGACUCACAGGUACCGCGCUACUCUGAGAAAUGGCUGGACACGGGAGCACGCAGCCUUUCUAGCUGUAGACAGGGAGUACUAGAACAAAGCAACUCUCUUCAGAAUCCUAGGACAGCGUUCUGCCAUGGCCAGCUGUGGCCGAGUACCAGCCAGUCACAAUCGAGUGAGAACUCUGCCUUGGAAUCUAGACCCACUGCACAAAGAAUAUAUCAGCAUUACAGCAAAGAACAAUGUAAGUCUUCUAUACCUCACCCCAAAAUAUACUUUGUAAUAAAAACUUAUUUCAGUACUGGACCAUGCUGUUCAGUAACACACUGGUAUAUGCUUGGUAGAGAUCUAAACCUAUAG